AUGUCAAAUCUGGUGACCAGGUUGAUAAAACACAUCUUAUUUGUAUCGAUAUUAGCUGUUACCGGUGAUAAUGAUUCAUUUGUACACGAUGAAGAUGGCACGCUACUAUUCGACGGCUUUAAAGCUAAUGGUAAUCUGGUUGCAUUGGCAUCCAAUAACAUACCAGUACGUGGUGUUGCUCUUUUUAUUUUAGCCAUAUUGUUACAAUAACAAGUAUAAGAUUCUGGUAACUAGAAUUGACUCUAUAUUUCUUUCAAUUGGAAACGUAUCCAAGCCAAUAGUUAAAUCGACACAUGAAUAGAUUUCAUCUGGAAUUUGAUAUUUGUCCAGAAAUUCGAUGAAUUUUACGUUUUGUAUUUUGUACAUGGGUGUACGGAUGGAAUUUUGUUGAAAAUAGUUUUGAUGCGUGUUUGACCGUUGUCGUAAUUUGAAAUACAUCUGUACGAAUCUUAUUUACUUUUUUAAACGCUUGUUUCUUACACUAACUAACUACUAGUAACUACUAGAAUAAUAAAUCAUAUGGUCUGACUUUUAUUAAAAACAACCAAAGAUUUAACAGGAAGAGGUUGGAAAUGAGUAUUUAAUUCUACGAGUAAAGAUUAAAAAUAAUUUUAUAGUUAUUAGAUUUUAAUUUCUUAUUCAUUUUUCUGAAAGAAAGAAGCAGAUGUUUUUAAAUCAACAUUCUUAGUGUCGAAGCAAUUAUUCAAAAUAAACAAAAUGUAAUUGUUUGCAGCUGCUGCAGUAAGUAUGAGGACGUAGAUACAUCAGUCUAUAGAAAGAAAAAUUUUGCGUGUGAGGUUAUAUUAUAAGGCUACGUCAUUAAAUCUCAUUUAGGGAAGCAUCUAGAGAUCUGCGGUUUUCAACAUUCGAAAGAGAAUAAUAUUUCUAAUACAGAAAUGUCAAUAGCUGAUUGUUACCACCACAUACCAGACAUUUCUGAUAAUAUACAUUAGGACUUGCAUAAAUUAUAUGAUAACCGAUUUUUUCCGUGGUUAAAAUAUUUUUAAAGUACAGAUACAGACAUAGAACAUAUAGCGUACAGCAUUUAGAUAGAAAAAGUAAACGAAUUACUGUUAAUUACUAUUCAUCGACAUUACAUUGAUUAUUAAUUAAAUUAUAUUUUAAUACUCGAUUAAAUUGAUCAAGCACAUAUAAAUCAUAAUUACUAUCAAAUUUAAUUGCGUUUGGAAGCAUUAACCCAAGGAGAAAAAAAAUAUCGGCUAUCGGGCGAUCUAGCUAGCUAACUCAAUAUACUACCCGAUAUACCUAGCUAGCAAUUCGAAUUGGGUUAUUUACUAUCGGGCGAUAUAGCUAGCUAACACG